GCCACCUUACCAUGUCUUCUACUACUACUGCGCCGCCACCACCACCGGCUUCCGACGGAUCCUCGAACUCGCUCGCUCGUAUCAUCCGUACAACCCUCUCCUACGAUACAAACGUCAUGCUCGCCGCUAUUAUCUCCCUCCUCCUCGUGAUCCUCUUCGUGCUCCUCCUCCAUCUCUACACUCGUUGGUUCCUGGUCCAAGCACGCCGGCGAAGCCGCACAUCCGUCACUGUCCCGCACGUCUUAGGAUCUAGGCUCCAUCACCGUUUCACCAUCAUCGACACUUCCAAUCCAGGGAAUUCUCCCGGUAAACUCGGCCUUCCUUUCUCAAUCAUCUCCUCAUUGCCGUUAUUUGUUUACAAAUUCUCAUCCAACGAAGAUCAUGAUUACGGAUUGGAAUGUGCAAUUUGUUUGAGCGUUUUCGAGGAAGAUGAGAUCGGCAGGAAAUUACCAGGAUGCGGACAUGCAUUUCAUGUGGAAUGUAUAGACAUGUGGUUGCACUCUCAUUCAACAUGUCCGAUUUGUCGAGCAGCAAUCCAGUGCAAUCAGAAUCAUAAUAUCGAUCAUUUAGAGAUCGAAAUCACUGAUCCAGGGCAGGAUUUGGACGUAUCAACAAUCAAUAACGAAGAUGUAUUGCGAUUGGAGAUUGUAACUACAAUAAGUAAUGAGAUCCCCGUCGAGCCUGAUGAAACGGCCGAUGUUGUGGCGGAAAAUGACUCUGGACUAGAUGCUUCAUCAUCGUCUUCAAUUGGAGAAUCGCUUAAAAUGUUCCUAAACAACAGUAGCAGUUGCAGUUGCAGUUGCAGCAGCAGAUCCGGAGGUAAAAUUCAUCCAACAUCAAAUCUUAAUGGCGAUGAAUCAAAGGCUUAAUAUUGAAAAUCCUAGUUUUUAAUUUAGUAGAAUUACUCAUCGUAAACAUUGUAGUAUACCAAAAAAAAUUGUAUA